UGUUACAAUAUUUAUUUUUUUAGGUAUAUUUAUCUGUGCGGGGAUGGAAUUCUCCACCUUUGGGAGGGCGCAGGAGUACCAGUGCACCCUCAUAGAUGCGUUGAGAGAAGUAGUUGGACUUGGAACAAUUCAGACACGUUAAAAGAAGAGUCAACAAUGAAACUUGAAUCAGAUCUAGCCGUUCAACAAGUCCCAGAGUAUCCAGGACUGAACACAUAUUCAAUAGAUUUGAACACACACAACUACGAACUCAACAAACUAUGUGAAGAACUUUGUGCUCAGAAGAAUAAAACAAACUGUGAAGAUUCAAAUAAUAAGAACGAUAAAAUGAACGAACACAAUCUAAAAAAACGGCAUGAUCGUCGAAAAAGACGAAGAGAUGAGGGAAAGAAGCAUAUUGAAAAAGCCAGUGUACAUGUAGAUUUCAAAGAUGAACCGUCCAGUUCCCUUCCAAAGGACGCCAUCUUGAAAGAAUCUGCCUUUGUGCUUGUCGAAGACGACAUUAUCCACGACAUAUCUCAGCUGAUAAAUAAAUCUGCAAAGCGAUGUCAUUCCCAGAAACUGUUUCUAAACCAAAAAGUUAAACGGUCGCAUUAUUACGGGGUAGUACAGCUGAGUGUCUGGGAGGCAGGGGAGGGUCGGUUACAGACUAGUGGAGAUCUUAUAUUCAGGUUAUAAAUUUGUAUCCAAGGAUUCUCAAGAACCAGCACUCCUCUAGAAAAUAUAAAUGUAUAGCAAAAUUUUGAUAAUAAAGAAACUUGAAUAUAUAA